UAGAGAGAGAGAGAGAGAGAUGCAGAGGUCACUGGUUCGACGCUUGGUUCCGCCAUUGGCAGCGCGAUUGAGGCUUAGCAGAAAUUGUUCUUCUUCGGUUCUUCACCAUGCCACUUCUUCUUCUUCUGCUGCUGCUGACGUGGAGCCCGUUCACAUGACCGACAACUGCGUUCGAAAAAUGAAGGAACUUGAAGCCGUUGAAUCAUCAGCGGACCAAAGAAUGCUUCGUUUAAGUGUAGAAACUGGUGGGUGUUCUGGAUUUCAGUAUGCUUUUAAUUUGGAUGACAGGAUCAACUCAGAUGACAGGGUUUUUGAGAGGGAUGGAAUUAAACUGGUUGUUGACAAUAUUUCAUACGAUUUUGUGAAAGGCGCAACUGUUGAUUAUGUUGAGGAGCUUAUCCGUUCUGCUUUUGUAGUCUGAUAUUUGCUUCAACAUGGUGACUGAGAACCCCAGUGCAGUUGGUGGAUGCAGUUGUAAAGUUUCCUUCAUGGUGAAACAGUAAUCAGUUAUCUUGCUAGCCACGUCUCUGACCCUCCACCACUGCUUUCACAACUUAUCCAGUCCUUGCGAGCUAGAUUCCAUUGUGAAACAUGAUUUUUAUACCAUAAAAAACGAUUAAUUUAACUGAAUAUAAAAUUUAUUGCUUGUAUUAUGAUUUUAUUGCAAGAUGAAUUUAUACCGGUAUUAAAUUAUCAGGAACUUUGUCUAGCCUGAUUUAAUACCUUGGAGCUUGGUACCCCUCAGAUGUAAAAUUAGACUUGCAGAUGAGACUUACGGUAUGCAGCAAUGGCAAGUUCCUUGUGUAAUGCCAUAUAACAAUGGCGAUGACUUGCGCAGAUUCAUUCGUUAACUAGAAAGAUUGGCGCAAGGUUGAUUACCAUUUACAGUUUUGUUGAUACAGAACAGAAUUUUAGUUGGGAAUAAAAAUAUAUUCAAUAAAUUGGAAGUACUUUCAUUCC